GCGCUUGAACUCGUAAAGUAACUGUCAGACUGCACAAAUGUCAAAAAGUUCGUUCAUUGCUCCAUCUCAUCACUAAUUGUUUUUUUCCGGGAUUCUGUAACUAAUUCUCGUUUUAAAUCCAAGUUAACUCUUUCGAGUGAUUGUUUCAUGCCGGAAAAUCGCAGGUAAAGUACCAAAAGGUUCCGUAACAACGUUGUGCCCUUGUCUCGGUUACUGCUGUCAAUUUCGGUGUGUGUGCGGACUCGGUGUACGGAUAAACAAAGCCGUAAAUUUGUAACUUGUGCGCCCUGUUGGUCACUAUCAGCUUCACCAUCACCCGGGACCGCCAUGACGGAUUCAUUUUUUGGCUUUGACACUUCGCUUCCGGUGGAGGAUGACGGUGGUGGAGGGAUCGGCGGUGGACCGGAAGAUUCCGAGGAGGAGUACGAUGCACUUAACGAUGAAACGUUUGGACAAGCCAAAGAAGGCGAUUGGGAAGAACUGCAUGAAGAUCUGGUUCGGUUGGACCAGCGGGAAGGUGGAGAUGGUGAUUCCGGACCGGAUUCAGAUUUAGAUAUGAAUUUCUCCAGUGUAAGGAUUGACAAUUUGGAAAUGAAUGACGAUAACGAGUCCGAGGCACGUCUACAGCUGGAUCCCAGCGUGUGGACAAUGACGAGUAAGCCGGAAACACCAAAACCUCCUGUAGCCGCAAUGCGGACAAACUUGCAAAUAAGAGCUGGUCCAGGAACUGCCUUUGCCGGUCUUCCGCCAAACUUUUCACUGCCUGACCCCAGCCAGCUGCGCAUGUGCUCACUGGAGGAGAUCGAGCAAAACAUGAAACAACAGGCACAACUUUCGCUGCCACCACCGGCUCAACCGCGGCAGGAGAAUCCACAACAGCCAUCCCGGCCGAAUCUAGGACUGCCGCGUCCGCCGCCUGGUUUUGCUGUUCCACCAAUGAUGGCUCAACCGCCGCUGACGAUUCCAGUGAACUUUCCUCCGCCACUGAACAUUGCUCCGCCUCCGCUGCACCUGCUGCACACCAGUGUUCCCCCGCCCGGCAGUGGACCACCACCGUUGUUUCCGCUGAAUGUGCCUCCGCCAAACUUUCAAGAGCAAAAUCAUGCCAAUUUUAAUCAGCGUUUGGUACAAGAGAUUCAACAAAAUCAUCCAUUGCUGAACCAGCACCGUUACCAUCAGCAGCAGCAGCACCAGCAACAAAACCAGGCUAACCGAUAUCCGCACAACAACCGACAGAACUAUCAUCUACAGCAACAUAAUCGACACGUGAAUGGUAAACUGAACCGCUCGGGUGAAUAUGAUGAAUAUGCCAACAUGAUGAGUGAACGAGACAAACAGUGGCUGCUCGGUAUUCAAUUGUCCCAGCUGAACAAGGACACUCCCUACUACAAUGAUUACUAUUUUUGUGUGUUUCGCGAGAGGAAAGAACGACAGAAGGGUGACAAUGAGCGAGAAAGCAAAGCGCACAAGGACAAUACAUUUUAUCACCCGCUAACACAGCAAAUGCUACAACGGAACGGUAUAAUCGGUCGUGAACGUCGUAAUUCGGAGAAAAGCCAGGACAUUAAGGAAGUGCCGGCUCGAAACUACACACCGCUGCAGUUUGAAAACUCCCUUGGAAAGCUACAAUGCGGUAGCGUGACUGCUCCCAGGAAGAUCAUCGAUCAGGAUGUGGUGGCUGAAACGAGCGCCACCAGCGGAGUGGUUGUGAAUUCCGAGGUUCUAUCCCAACGGAAGUCACGUCAAAUUCUGUUGCAUGUCGAGAGUUUGUACAAGAUUCUGUUGAAGAUGGAAGACUUGAACAAUCCGUUGGCGAUCGAAGCGAAACAGUUGCUUAAAGAAAAGAAGGAACGGGAACGAUUGCUGGCACUGGAACGUGGUCAGCAGGUCGACGAACAGAACAACUUUACAGGGAACGGAAUCGACGGAACACAGGAAGUGGAAGACACCUUCUCUUCGUUGUUUGAUAAACUGUCUGCUGGACUGACACCGGAAGGUGUUCUGUUGGUGCUCUCCGUUCGGAAAGGCAAGCUUCUGCUGAAACGUAUUCAGUCUGUGCUGAAGGAGCAUCCCUUCCGUUGGAACCUUUGGUGCAUCAUACUGGCAUCGUUAGCUCUGCUGUCCAAGCGCGAACGUGACGAUCCGGAAGAACUGUUAACUCCUUUGUUUGCCCAGUUUGAAAGCCACGUCAAAUACUCGAACGUUAGCGAUCUGCUUUCACUGCUAGACACUUUUCUCAAUUCCGAUAAGCUUCUCCCCUUGAUUCCCAAGUGUAAAUUUCUUCUCACGACUGUGCUAACAUUGAUAGACCGUAUGGAACAUUUUUAUUGUGCCGGUCCUUCCAUCGUUUUGCCGGAAGUGGCUGACCGGUGGAAGGUAUUCCUGAAGGAACUAUCCAAGGUUGUGUCCGGUGUCGGUUUGGGACCCCAGAAGGUACUGCUUAAGCUAGACUCGGACUGUAAGAUUGUACAUACCCUGCGGGAGCACUUCCAGCGGCAUCCCCAUCUGGAUUUGGAGCUGAAACUGCUGGCUUUGGUUUCCAUCGAGGACAAAAAAUAACUGAAUACGCUAAGUUGGUCCACCGUAUUGCACUUUUAUUUUAUUUUUCUUUAAUUCUAUCGUUUAAUUUCAUGUAAAAAUUUUCUAAUGUUUAACGUUACUACUAGACUACUACUUAACUGCAAGCAGACAGUGCUGAACCAGGAAAUGUAGACAUUUUUCUAGAAUUGGAAAUAGCGUCCUUUCAAAGUUUAGGUAGAGAAUCAUCAUCGGUGUCCUUGCUGCCAAGCCCAUUUUUUAUGUUCUGUAACGUGGAUAUAAUUGAAACAGUGUAAAUUGUUAAAAUCGUCUUGAAAUGCUACUAAUUCUUGUUAUUGAGGGAUGUGAUCAAAAGUUUCGUAAUUCUAUACAUAUAUUUUUACAUCAUUAUUCGUGACACUUCUAAGUUUUUCCUUGCUAUAUAAGGAAACGUUAUUUUUUUUACCUUAACAACAUUAAAUAUUAAGCAUAUCCAACAAUUAUUAUUAAAUUAAAUUCAAAACAA